UCUUGACUGUAACAAAUUCUCAAAAGCCACAAGGAUGAGAAGGUCUUCUCAUUUGCUUCAGGUGACAUUUUCACUUUUGAUCAGCAUUCUGUGCUUGAUCAUACUUUUUGGUAGAGAUGAAAUUCCUCAGAUUGACCCUUCAAACCAUGUUCUGACUAAUAUAAUGGGAUCAACCAGUCAAAACAGACCACAGAAACCAACUACAGGGAGCAAAGAGGACUUUACCUGGGGCCGUUGUGGGCGGAAUGAGUCUGUAGCCAAUGUUUCAGGGUUCUCCUCUCUUCCCGGUCACAUCCAAGACUUUCUCUUUUAUCGUCACUGCCGCCACUUCCCAAUGCUGCUGGAUGUUCCUGAUAAAUGCGGAGGCCCUGACAAGUCUAUUGAUGUCUUCCUUCUGCUUGUCAUAAAAAGCUCACCUUUGAAUUAUGAACGCCGUGAAGUACUACGGAAAACAUGGGCUAAAGAGAGACUUCAGAACGGUUUGUGGAUCCGUAGGAUUUUUCUCUCAGGAACAACUGGCUCAGGCUUUGAGAAACGCAAGCUCAACAAGCUUCUACGAGUGGAGAACCGCGAACAUAAUGACAUCUUGCAGUGGGACUUCAACGACUCCUUCUUCAACCUCACUCUGAAGCAGAUUUUGUUCUUAGAGUGGAUGGACAAGAACUGCCGCAAGGCCCGAUUUCUCCUCAACGGUGAUGAUGAUAUAUUCGCUAAUACAGAUAACAUGGUUGACUACCUUCAGAGCCUUAAAGACAACAGUGGCGACAAGCACCUUUUUGCGGGUCAUCUAAUACGCUAUGUAGGACCAAUCAGAGAACCAAGGAGCAAAUACUAUGUCCCAGUUCAGAUUCAAGAGUCAGACUCAUAUCCACCUUACUGCGGUGGAGGUGGCUUCUUGCUCUCAGCAUACACAGCUGUGGUAAUUUACAAAAUGUCCCAAACCAUUCCUAUUUUGCCAAUUGAUGAUGUCUACAUGGGAAUGUGUCUCGAAAAGGCUGGUCUUGGGCCAGAGUCACAUAUUGGUGUCAGGACUGCUGGAUUGCCAAUUCCCUCGACAAAAGUGGACGCAUUUGAUCCUUGUUAUUACAGGGAAAUUAUUCUGGUACACAGAUUUCUGCCACAUCAGAUAUAUAUUAUGUGGCAUGGAAUACAUGAACCUGAUUUGAAAUGUGGGAAUCUGCUAAGUUAAGCACCUGACCCUUUUUAUAAUCAGUUUCCUUUUCUGGUGUUUUUCUGCAUUAUCUUUUUCCCCUCAAAAAAGGAGUUGCGAUUUCUUAAAGCAGGUGUUAUUUGUGUUCUAUUACUGCAGGUCAUUGGAAAAUGCCAAAUCUGCUCACAUAGGCCAGUUCACUGUGAAACUUGACUCUGUUAUCAUAAUGUAUGAAUCAAACUUAAUUCAUAAUUGAAAUAGCUUUGCUAUUCAUUCCACCAUUAUACUUAACUUUUCAUAAACAUGUACUUGUUAAUUAUUCUGCCAGAGUGGUAACAAAUCGAUCACUAAUGUUAUGGACAGGGAAAUACACUACAUGAAAUAAUACUGUAUGUAAAAUGGGGCAGAUUGUUGGUGUCAUCAAUUGACACCACUGUUAUGUAAAUGUGUGAUUCAAGGUGUAAAGGGAGUUCAUGUUGAUUAAGUGGCUCUGUUAGUAGGAAAAUACUCUCUGGCCAAAUAUAUAUGUUGUAUUUUUUGUCAGUCUUCUUUGUUAUAGACAAAAUAAUAUUUUAUGAUUAUGGGGGAUUUCAUCAAGCAACUGAUAUUAGGUAAACAGUGAGUAAUAUCUUUCGCAACCUGCAGCAUCAUCCCCAGGCUGUUUGUUCUCUAGUUUAAGGGUGAAGUAUAGGUUGGUGGUAUAGCCUAGAAUACUUUCGCGAAGUAUUCAGACUCCUUCACCUUCUCUCCAUUUUGUUGUAUUAUGGACUGAAAUUAAAUAACUACGUAAUUAAUAUCAAUUCUAUAAAAAUACCCACAUUCUCACAAUGCCUAACUGCUGUAAUACUUCAUAUCUGUUGUAAUAUAUAACAGCUGUUACAUGGUUUUCGUUUAUAAAGCCCCUAUGCACAAAUCCCCAUGCUAAUUAACUUCUUUAAGAACAUACAAUAACAUAAAAGCAUUAUGCGCCAAACAAAAUCAUAAUAUUGGCCAAACAUAUAUGUCUCUUCAGUUUCCACUGAUGUAUCUUGACCAUAUCUGCUAUUAAUUUGACAUUCUCUUGUGUUUAUUUUAUAAAUGUUUCCUUAAAGGUUUUCUGUUGAAAUUAACUAUCAAAGGAUGAUUACCUAUGUAUCUUUCUGAAAAAUCAAAUGUUGA